GUAUUGCGCGUCGUGCCUGAGAGGAGGGCUGUGAAGUCUCGCAGCUCAGACUCGGGGAGUGACAUUUGACGGUGGCGGGUUCUCUUCGUCCGUUUCCUCUCCCGUUCUUCCCGGUUCUGUGGACGGAGGCGCCGCACUCACCGCCGCCGGGACGAGCGCAACACUGCAGCAACUCCCGCUGAGGGCGGCGUGGACGCGGACGGACAUCUUUAACGUUACCAUAGCUACUUUGGCCUUUUCCUGUCGUUUGAGGAAACCCAGCGUGCGGUUCUCCGGCGCAAUGCUGUGGACAGAUUUAGUAAACACGGGUCUGCACGGCGGCUGAUCUCGUAUGACGCGGUCCUUGGAGCUGAUGAUGUGUCUGUACGUGUCGCCCGUACACGUCGUACCCGCACCCCGUCCUCCUCCGCUGAAGGGCAUCAGGUCCAGGAGCUGUCAAUGUGGACUUCAGCUGGUGAUUUGACAAGUCGCAUAUAGGAGCCGCCCCGAGUGUCUCCUGUCCCCUCUCCCCCUCCCUUCCCUCUGUCCCUCCCUCCCCCUUCCCUUGUCAAUCUUCUCCCCAAUCCCCCUUUCACCCUCCUCCAAUAUUCACCAUGCUUAUCAAGGAGUACCGCAUCCCCAUGCCCAUGAGUGUGGAGGAGUACCGUAUCGCCCAGCUCUAUAUGAUCCAGAAAAAGAGCAGAGACGAGAGCUGUGGUGAAGGAAGCGGGGUGGAGAUUCUAGAGAAUAAGCCCUACACAGAUGGACCGGGUGGGACGGGCCAGUACACCCACAAGGUUUACCAUAUUGGCAUGCACAUUCCCAGCUGGUUCCGCUCCAUCUUGCCCAAAGCAGCACUGCGGGUUGAAGAGGAGUCCUGGAACGCCUACCCUUACACCCGCACCAGAUACACCUGCCCCUUUGUUGAGAAGUUCUCCAUUGAUAUUGAGACCUACUACAAACCCGACACAGGCAACCAAGCAGAUGUCUUCAACUUGUCUGCAGUAGAGAAGAGGCAGCGAACUAUUGACCCAAUCGACAUAGUGACAGAUCCCAUACCCCCACAUGAGUACAAAGCAGAGGAGGACACACGGCUCUUCAAGUCAUUCAAGACCCAGAGGGGUCCUCUGCAGGACGACUGGAUAGAAGAGUACAACAAUAACCCUGGGAUGACCCCCAUCAUGUGUGCCUACAAACUCUGCAAGGUGGAGUUUCGUUACUGGGGCAUGCAGUCUAAGAUUGAACGCUUCAUCCAUGAUGUUGGACUGAGAAAGGUGAUGGUGCGUGCCCACCGGCAGGCCUGGUGCUGGCAGGAUGAGUGGUACGGUCUGACCAUGGAGGACAUCCGGCAGCUGGAACUGGAAACCCAGCUGGCCCUGGCCACAAAGAUGGCCCAGUUCAGUCAGGCGGAGGAGGCCACAGAGGCUAACGGAGGGUCUCCGUCUCCAGAUAAAGACCAAGAGGUUAAAGAGGCGAUCAGCUCCAUUGAAGCUGAGGAGGUGGUUGUAAGCUCAGGCGGAGAAACUCUCCAGCCUCGAGGUGUACUCACCAAGCAGUGGUCCACUUCAUCCCGAUCCUCCCGCUCAUCCAAGAGAGGAGUGAGCCCAUCGCGGCACAGCAUCUCAGAGUGGAGGAUGCAGAGCAUAGCUCGUGACUCAGAUGACAGCUCUGACGAGGAGUUCUUCGAUGCUCAUGAGGAUCUCUCAGACAGCGAGGAAGUCUUCCCAAAGGAAAUUUCCAAGUGGAACUCCAAUGACCUCAUGGAUAAGAUUGAAGCUGCAGACACAGAGGAAACUCCUGGUGAUCUGUUGAAGGAAAUGACUGUGGAUUAUGAAAGAGCAACCAGUGAGGAAAGACUAGAUGAGGAGAAUUCGUCCCAGCAGUGUCUGCAGCCUUCCAAGAUCCAUGUGCUGAUCUUGGUUCUGCACGGAGGGAACAUCCUGGAUACGGGCGGAGGAGACCAGAACAGCAAGCAGGCCGACGUCAACACCAUCAGUACGGCUUUCGAGACAGUCAUGCGUGUUCACUACCCUGCGGCGCUGGGACGCAUCGCCAUCCGCUUGGUACCCUGCCCUGCCAUCUGUGCCGAGGCCUUCUCCCUGGUGUCCAACCUGAGCCCGUACAGCUACGAUGAGGGUUGUCUGUCUAGCAGCCAGGACCACAUCCCCCUGGCAGCUCUCCCCCUCUUGGCAACCUCUGCUCCACAGUACCAGGAGGCCAUGGCCACCGUCGUCGUCAGAGCCAACCAGGUGUACACAGACUUCAUAAAGUCUCUGGACGGGGAAGCUUUCUCUGGACAGGUGUGCCUCAUUGGGGACUGUGUGGGAGGAAUCUUGGGAUUUGAUGCACUGUGCAGUAGCAGCCAGACAGUUAAUGAAAGCCAGAACAGCAGUCGCAGGGGCAGUGUUGUCAGUGUACAGGACCAGGAUCUCCUCUCUCCUGGCAUUAUUGUCAACAGCGGGCACGGGUCUGCCUCUCCGACCCUGGAGGGCAGCCGCCACCUCAGUCGCAGUAACAUCGACAUCCCUCGCGCCGGUACAGGUGACGACCCCAAGCGACAACUGCCACGCAAAAGAAGCGACUCCUCCACCUACGAACUGGACACGAUAAAACAACACCAGGCCUUCCUGACCAGCUUACAUUCCAGUGUUUUGCGGAACGACACAGUGUCACGCAGGUCCAGCAGCAGCACUAUGCUGGAUGGAAGCUCCCUGGGGAAGUUUGACUUUGAGGUGUCUGACUUUUUCAUGUUUGGCUCUCCACUGGGCUUGGUUCUCGCCCUGAGAAAGACUGUCAUUCCUAUGCUCGAUGUGGCCCAGCUGCGGCCUGCCUGUCAACAGGUCUAUAACCUGUUCCACCCAGCUGAUCCCUCAGCCUCCCGUCUGGAGCCUCUACUGGAGAGGAAAUUUCACCUCCUGCCUCCCUUCAACGUUCCCCGCUACCAACGCUUUCCCCUGGGAGAUGGAAACUCUGCCCUGCUGGCGGAUGUUGUUCAGUCUCAUGGUGGUGUCUUCAUGGACAGUUCGUACCCCUCAUCCCCCGUAGCGGGCCCCCUCUCCCGGGGCCAGCGGAGGGCCAGUGAGGUCAGCAUUGCCAGCCAGGUCUCAGGAAUGGCAGACAGUUACACUGCCACCAACAUAGCCAACACCAAAUCAUGCCAAACUUACCAAUCCAAAACGUUAAGCCUUUUGUCCCAACUCGCCCUUUCAUCACAAAACUUCCUGAAAAGUCCUCCUAAGUCCCGUAAGAAAGCAAAGGCUGAUCCAGCUGAAGGACCUCCUGAUGCAGAUGUAGUGGCAGAGCUGGACGGUGAGGCAGAGGCUAGUGAAGGUCUAAGUCCCAUUGGCCAAUACUGCCUGUCAGCAGGGCUGGACUUUGCUAUAUCUGAUCUGGUCUCACUGGACUCCCAGGCUGAAGUGGACCAAGUUGCAGCACGUUGGUGGGGCACAAAGCGGCUGGACUUUGCCUUGUACUGCCCCGAUGCUCUGACCGCUUUCCCCACAGUGGCUUUACCGCACCUCUUCCAUGCAUCAUACUGGGAGUCCACUGAUGUUGUGUCUUUUCUCCUGAGACAGGUCAUGAGGCAUGAAAACUCUAGCAUCUUGGAGCUCGACGGGAAAGAAGUGACUGAGUUCACCCCCACAAAACCUCGAGAGAAGUGGCUCCGCAAGAGGACGCUGGUGAAGAUCAGGAACGUAACUGCUAAUCACCGCGUAAAUGACGCAGUGUUCACAGAAGACUCCCAGCAGGUCGUGACAGGUCGCUUCAUGUAUGGCCCUCUUGACAUGGUCACCUUGGCCGGGGAGAAGGUUGACCUCCACAUCAUGACCCAGCCUCCAUCAGGAGAAUGGGUGUACUUCAACACAGAAGUGACCAACAGUAGUGGCCGUGUGUCUUUUGUCAUCCCAGAGGACAAACGUCUUGGCAUCGGUGUCUACCCAAUCAAAAUGGUUGUCAGAGGCGACCACACAUUUGCGGACAGCUACCUGACAGUUAUUCCACGUGGCACAGAGUUUGUGGUAUUCAGCAUUGACGGGUCAUUUGCUGCCAGUGUGUCAAUCAUGGGCAGUGAUCCCAAAGUGCGAGCAGGAGCCGUGGAUGUUGUCAGGCACUGGCAGGAUUUAGGCUAUUUGAUCAUCUAUGCCACAGGACGACCUGACAUGCAGAAGCAGCGGGUGGUGGCUUGGUUAUCUCAGCACAACUUCCCUCAUGGCAUUGUCUCCUUCUGUGACGGCUUGGUCCACGACCCACUCAGACACAAGGCCAACUUCCUCAAGUCCCUGACAGAGGUUCACAUGAAGAUUUUCGCUGGCUACGGAUCAACCAAAGACAUCUCAGUCUACACCUCCAUUGGCCUCCCUCCCUCCCAAAUAUACAUUGUCGGUAGACCCUCCAAGAAGAUGCAGCACCAGUGCCAGUUCAUCACAGAGGGAUAUGCGGCUCAUUUGUCCCAGCUGGAGUACAGCCACCGCUCCCGGCCGGCUAAGUCCAGCAGUGCACGCAUGGUCCUGCGUAAAGGCAGCUUUGGCUUGGGUGCCAACAGUGACUUCCUAAGGAAGAGGAACCACCUGCUGCGCACCAUCUCCUCCCAACCGGCCCCCAGCUCCCCAACGGGCAGCAUCCACAACCGACCAGAACGCACACAGAGCCAAUCAGACGGCGAUCGGCUGGAGCGGCUGGAGAGCACUCACAGCUACAGCCAGGGAGCAGCACAGCGCAGCAUGAGCAUCACAGCCAGCUGCUGGGGCCGCAGCAGCAGCACCAAGCUGGAACCAGGCAUUCUCAGCCCCAAAUGAGAUGAGGGAGACAAUGUGAGAGUACCUUAAGGAGUGACUUAAAAAUACAGGGCUGAGGCAGAGAUCCAUGACAAAGAGAAAUGCAAAGAGUUAAAAACAGCUGGCUUGCACCAGGUGGGUAAAUACCACAAUGAAAACAAUAGGUGCUACAAACCACUCUUUUAAAACUAAUGCCAGUCACACUCAACAUAGAUAUUUCUGAACAGAGGCUAUCGCUCUAUUUAUUAUACAACACACACAAAACUCAACAGGCAUUUCAAAAAGCAUCCUCCUUAAACAGGAACAUGCACACAAAUAGACAAAGCUUGUAUUGUAGGGAUCCAGACUGUUUCUACUGUUUAGUACAUAUUUAUUAGUCUUGAAUACAAGGUCAGUUUUCUUCCUAAAGCAGGCUUUUAGACGGUUACACAUACAAGCACCCCAAUGCAGUAUACUUAGGCAAACAACACAAAGUGGUGACAGACAGCCUGCAUCAGGUCCAAGUUGUGAUACUGCUCUGUAACUGACUACUGCCACUGCAAGCACAGCAAGUACUACAGAGGUCAACUUUGAGUAUGAUAGUUUUAAAGUUAUGUCCUUUUUAUGUAAUAAUAAGAUAUGUUCUCGUCUGGGAGCAGAGCUAAAAAUCAGGUAAAACUGGAUUGGAUUUGUUUCUUUUCCCUGUGUGACCAAACAGACACACAAUCACUUAGCCAAGAUGUAUCUUUUAAUAUUUUUUUAGGACAAUAUUGUUUAUCAGCAUGUUUUUUAUGUAAGCUAACGAUAAAUGAUUUGAUCUAGAUCUACUACUUCGUUCAUAUACGACUAAAUAUAUGUCAAACUAAUGUUUCACCAAACCAUACAGUCCAGUUUUGCUUGUUUUCUAGUUUUCCCUCAGAACAAAGAACCAUCCAGAUAUCACAUGAAGCAGACUGAGAAAUGACCCUUUAACUAUGGUUGCAGCUGAAACUGUUCCUGGGAUUUUAUAGCAUUUCACCACAUCUCACCAUGCUGCGCUGCCGAACCUUCCUGAAUCAGUCGUGAACAACUCAGCUAAAGGGAAACCUCCUGCUACUGUACGGUUAAUGUGCCAAAGUAAACAGUGUACAAUGAUAUGCUGUACAUGAACAGAGAGGAAAUAAUUAAUGUCUCCUGUGUAAAAAUCGAAUAGGUUGUGUAAGUAUGUAGUUGAAUGGCUUAACAAGACUUGUAUAUAAUUGUUAUAUUACAGUGCAGAUCUGGUAUCUGGUCCACUGAAGACCAGUUUCAAGUGUCUUCUUUACUCUCGGGGUGGACACCACCUCAUUCAGGAUACACUUUAAUGAUUGAUGAUAACUAUUCUUAUUUAAGACAAUUGAUAUUUUAAAAUGUAUUGAUUUUGUGAACAAAGUGUGUUUUAAGAUUACUUAAGCUAUGUUGGUUUUAAUUUUUCUUUAAACUUCAGUUGCAGCAGCCAAAACUCAAAGAGGUCUUUGCCUUGCACAGUAUUGUAUUUUUAUUAUGUUAUCUUACAGAUCUCCAGAAUUGUAUCAACAGAACUGCUAUCUUGUGUCAUAUAUUGUAUGUUAAUU